CAUUUUCAAACAUUCUUGCGCCACACGCAAAAAUGGACGAAGCCGACGAGAUGCUCAUCGAAGAGGUCCGCAAGUACGACCACCUGUACAAUGCCUCGUCAAGGCAUUACAAAGAUUCCCAAAUGGCAAGAAAUUCGUGGAAGGAGAUUGCUGAAAAUACGGGGCUGGAAGUCAGCGAAUGCAUGAAAAAAUGGAAGAACCUUCGUCAGAAGUAUGUGCGUGUUCGGAGGCGAAUGUCGACACGAAGGGAUGCUCCGGCUUUUUAUCACUUGAUGUCAUGGCUGACCCCAAACGUGAAGCACCGGAAAACGCACUCAAAUUAUGUGGAAAAGGUGGUGUUGGCAUCUACAUCCACGGAUGAAGGGGAGUCUUCCUCAUCUGCAUCAUGGUCCUCCCGGUCUUCCACACCGGACCUGCUGUCUCCCUCUGCAUCCCCUGUUUCUGCGGCACCCCCUGCUCUGUCUGUUGCCCUCAAGUCUCGCCCAAAAAGGAAGCGGGAUCAAACAGAUGAUUUGCUAUUGAUGUAUAUUGCUAAGCUGGAGGAAGAGAGACAGGAGCUGAAGCAGAGUGUGGAUGUGUGCACCAGGUUUGGGCAAACUGUAGCAGAACUUCUACGGCAAGUGCCAGAGGACCGGAGAGUUGCUCUAAUGUUAAAGAUUCAAACUACGAUCCAUGAAUGGAAAGGGUAGCCAAGCUUUUUUUUCACCAUAUAUUUGCUGUGGCCUUUUUCACUGUUACACUUCUAGUAUGUGAAUAAAGAACACAU